AUGGAGGCAGGAGGAGAUAUUCACCACCUCUUGUAUAACGACUUGGCUCGUUUUACGGAUAACUUUUCCGAGAGCAACUACCUCUGCCAUUUCCAAUUCGGCAAACUUUAUCGGGGAAAGAUUGUCCAUGCUGAAUCCACUCUUUUUGUGAUGGUCAAGAUAUGGGAGGAUUCCCAAAUCUACUGUUAUAAACCUGGAGAUAACGAAUCUAGACUAAUGGAUGAAGUGAUUUUACUUCGCAAUCCUAUGGUGAUUAAUCAUCCAAACUUGGUGAAGUUGUACGGAUACUGUUAUGAAGUUGGUCAUCUUGGUGUUGUUUAUGAGUUCGAUCCAUUUGACUCCGUUUAUAACCUCAUUCCUAAAGAUGAUUUCACUUGGGUGCAAAGAAUCAGAGUCUCCCUGCGAUUUGCUUCCCUCCUCGCGUUUCUGCACGCCGUGAAGAGUCCACCGUACAAACGUUUGAUAGUUCGUAAUCUUGAUUGUGCUCAUAUAGUACUCGACAAGGAUUAUAAUCCAAAAUUAUGUGAUUUCGGUCUCGUAACCGGUGGGAUGGUUCCCGAUAGGACGAUAUAUAAAUGCCAUCAUGUCAUUGGAUGCUAUGGCUACCUUGAUCUUGCGACACACUAUCAAGAUAAUACUUCGGAGAAGCAAGAUGUGUUUGCGUUUGGGACUAUACUUCUGAGUUUGAUUUCAAAGAGACUUUACACCGAACAAGACCGGCAAAAUCUUGCACCGUAUGUUUGCCAAUGGGCCUACGGGAAGUUUAUCGAAUAUGAAAUUGAUUCAAGUAAUACUGACUCAAAAAAGCCCAAGUUUUCGGUCGUCCACCCGAGUCUAGAAGCCGAUCCUUAUUUCGAUCCUUCCGAUGGGCAUAAGAUCACUGCACUGGCACUUGAAUGUGUAGGUGACGAGUUUGCUAUGCGCCCAACAAUGAAGCAAGUUCUAAGAUCUCUGCUCGAUCUCAAAGUU